GCUUCUACUAAAGAUCCACCUUUCGGAUUAUCCGAUCAUAACACCGUCUCUAUUACCCCUGGAAACCGUAAGAAGUCAUACAAUGCAAAAAGAGCAGUUACAGUUAGAGACAUGAGACCGAGCUCAAGACAGGUCCUGGGAAGAUUUCUAAGUAAUAUAGAUUGGUUAGUUCUUGAGAAUGUCGAAGAUAUAAACGAAAAAUAUGCUUUCUUUAGCAACAUUAUUAUAAUGGGUAUGGAUAUUAUUAUGCCAGCAAAGACUAUUAAGCUCCAUAUAAAUGAUGCUCCAUGGAUGACUGGUCAUCUGAAGCACGUAAUAAAGUGUCGCCAGAAAGCUUUAAAAGAUAACUGUCCUACACAGUUUAAAUUUUAUCGUAACCAAGUUAAUAGAAGGAGGAAACGUGUUUAA